AUGGCCUCCGAGACCAAGCCAGACGAGACAGGCUCUGAUACGGCUUCAGAGUUCCACACUCCGAUCAUGACACCUGCAACAACAUCCAUAGCAGGCGAUGAUGACAAAGACGAUCAAGUAAGCGACAUACCUUGGCCCGGCAAGUACUUCUACAUCAUCGACAAAGAGUCUGGCAAAGCCAUCACACUGGUCGAUGACAGGCCAGUCCUCAUGGACCUCCAAGGCGUGCGCGAUCCCGCCACCAUGUGGUAUUGCGUCGAGAAGCAAGGGUAUUUUGGGUUUCUCAACAAGAGUUGGGGAAAGUUCAUCGGUCACAACAGCAAGAGCGACGUAGGUGCGUGGGCUGGAGAGUUCAAUGAGUGGGAGUCGUGGGUUCCAAGGCAACAUCCAGAUGGAGGCUACCAGCUGCUGUCGCCGUACUGGACCCAUACUAUGAUGCAGCUUUGCGUUGCUCCGGACAGGAUCAAUUUGUGUAGGCGGUCCCAUGGCCCGACAUUGUGGUUGUUCAUGCAGGUUCCGUGGUAG